AUGGUUAGAAUUCCUAUUGGAUAUUGGGCAUUUGAACAACUGGAUGAAGAUCCUUAUGUUUACGGCCAAGAAGAUUACUUAGAUAAGGCAAUAGAGUGGUCUCGCAACCACGGUCUCAAAGUGUGGAUUGAUUUGCAUGGUGCUCCGGGCAGCCAAAAUGGAUUUGAUAACUCAGGCUUGAGCAACCGCAUUGAUUGGCAAAAGAAGGAAGAAAAUAUAAACAUGACGCUUUCAGUAUUGAACUACAUAUCGACCAAGUACGGUGGAAAAGAGUACCUGGAUGUCAUCACUGGAAUUGAGAUUCUAAAUGAACCACUUGGCCCCAGACUGAGCAUGAAAAAACUGCAUGACUUUUACAAAGAUGCUUACUAUACACUCAGGGAAACUACAGACAACAACUUGGUGUACCAUGAUGCUUUCCAAGCUGUGGGAUAUUGGGAUUACAGACUGAACGGUCACAUCGUUGCAGCAAACAAUACUUACUCAGAUUUGGUCAAUUUGUCUGCUUCUGUCGCCAAUUCAAAUUACGAGAGAGUUGUAAUAGAUUACCACCACUAUGAGGUUUUCGGUGUCGGAGAACUCAAGGACAACAUUGCCGAACAUCUUAGCUCAGUCAAAGGCUACGGCCAUGCUGUCGCUGGAACCAGACACCCUGCAGUAAUCGGGGAAUGGUCUGCAGCUCUCACUGACUGCGCGCCUUGGUUGAACGGAGUUAGAAGAGGAGCUAGAUAUGAUGCUACCUACCUUAACGAUGAGUUCAUAGGCUCGUGUGAAGGAAUUAGCGACUUCUCAACUUGGAACAGCUCUUUCAAGGAGAGCGUGGGUAAGUUUAUCGAAGCACAGUUGGACGCCUAUAACAUGAUCUCGGGAUGGGUUUUUUGGUGUUACAAGACAGAAAAUGCAAUUGAGUGGGAUCUCAGCAAAUUGAUCGAGCAUGACCUAUUUCCUCAACCACUCGACAAGAGGGUAUACACCAGUUUAUCAGUAAGUCUACACCAGAGAUUCAGCAGAUCUACCAUGAUUCUCCAACUUCUGCUAGUGCUGACCGCAGUAUGCGUUCUUCAGUGA